AUGUCUUCACGAAGAACACGUAAUAUGGCAUCUGCUCAAUCGAUUGCUGCAGAGCAUGUACAGCGUGCUACAACUCGUAUAUAUAAUGAAGCUGCAUUGAAUCCAUCUCUCAUCGUGUCUCCAUACAUUAAUGCGUGGUUAGAAGAGCAUUCAAAAGUAUACAUGUACGAUCCAGUUGGCGUAUUACAGUACAUCUUAUCAUUGGCUUCGUUUCUUGGCGAAGAUAAUUACGUUUACCGUAAUAAUCGAAAAAAAACACCUACAACACUUUAUUUAUCGUUAUGUACUCGUCCUGCUUACGGAAAAUCAGAUUUGUUUCAAGCUACAAAAGAUUCAAUCAUCAACUUGUUAUGCAUUCGACAAAGUCUUGGAGUCUAUACUCGUUCAAAUAAUCGAAAAGCUAAAACAAACAUCCAAAUGCCCGAUUUGAAUGCUUUUGCCGAUGAGCUUACCAGACUCGGUCUCUUGACGGCUCUUGAAAAAACACCACGAUUGCUAUUAUUUGAUGAACUUGAUCAACUUUUUAUUCGUAAUGGCCUUAUUCCAUUGCCAAAUUCAACACAAAAUGAAAACAAUUUUUACGAGAUCGCUCUUCAACUUUAUAGCGAUAACUGCUUAUUUUCAAAACAUACCAGCUCGUCUGAAAUAACAUUCCAGUCAAAACGUAUGUGCAUUAUGGGUAAUCAUACACAGGAACCUUGCAACCGCCUGGUAUUACGUAAAUUGAAUAGCGAAGGACCCAAUCCAUUUUUUGAACGACAUUUAAUGUUAUGUGCACGUACACCAGUAACAGAAGAAAAACUUAAUCCAGAUCUAUUCAAUUAUAAACGUUUUGCAUCCUUCGAUCAAUUAUCCAUGACAAUGUCAUUUCUGGUGGUUCUUGAUUUUUAUUUUGAUGAUGAAGGUCGUGCAUUAGCAAUUGGUUUUUGCAAUAGUCUAAUGAGAGAAAUGCGAGCAAUUGAAUCUAGUGAUUCUUGGCUAUGUGCUCGUUUGGGAAAAAGUCGAGAACAUACAUUACGUCUUGCAGCAUGUAUACAAUUACUUGAAUUAGCAUUUUAUCUUUUGGAAAAUUAUCGAAUUCAAUACGGUGAUUUUGGAAGUGGAUUAGCCGAUGAUCAAUUUCAUCAACGAAUGUUAAUUAUUGCUAGUGAAUUUCUUAAACGACAACCAUUGCCUAAUUAUGAAGACCGAAUUAAAGCUAAUCCUGUUGCAAUUGAAAUCCAUAAUGAUGUAGUACGCGGUGCUAUUAAUUAUGUUCAAAUUAUUAUUCGUCAAUACUAUUUAUUAUUUGUUGAUUUUGAUGGAGUUACAAAUACGAAUCAAACAGUUCCAUUACGAAAGCAACAAAUGCCUAUUGUUCCUAAUACUAUGGCAACCAAACCGUGUCCACUUAUUCAAGUUAACAAUCAGUCAAAUAUUGAUACAUAUGAAGAUGUUAAUGAAAAUCAAAUAAAUUAUCAUCCUAUUGAUAAUCAAGUUACUACUGAAAAUGUUCUGGGUCUUGACAAGAAAGGUAUGAAAUUUGCCAAACAUUAUCUUACCUACAACAGUUGGAUUUUAACAAAUAAAUCAAUUAAUUCAAACAUGCGUCACAAUACUCAUAUGAAAAAUACUGUUCUUCAACAUCUAGUCGUACAAAAAUUUGUUAUCGAAAUCAAAGGUGGUCUGAAAGGUAUAAAUGCACGGUCGAGUCCUAUUGAUAUAUGGGUAAAAUGUAUGCCACCUUCUCUUAAUGAUCUUUCUCUUAUUCGAAAAUGGGAUGAAGAAUUAUCUGUAUAUGAUGUCUCAUGGGAUCAGUAUGCAUCUACUCUUUCUAAUAUUAACCUUAUGGAAGAGUUAUACAUGACUGAUUCACUUAAUACAUUUAUUAAUAAAAAUUAUGUGACAAUCAGUAUGUUCAUUCAUGAUGAUGUUUUAUUUCAACUUGUUCCACCAGAUACUGAAAACAUAUCUGUUUCGUGUGUUGCACCUUCAUCUGCAUCAAAACCAACAUUCGAAUUGGAUAUUGAAAAUGAUCAACAAGAAGAACACAUCGAGAAUAUUGAAUUCAACGAACAAGAUGAUGAAAAUGAAGAAGAAGAUGCAUUACUUUAUCAAGAUAAUGGUAUGGUUUCUUAUCAUCGACAACAAAAUAAUUCAUCAUCUUCUUUACCUCAAAAUGCUGCAUCAUAUAAAAUUUUGAAGCAACAAUCGGUUGUUUUAUCUUCACUCUCAAAUAAUCCACCAGUCAACAAUAAUCUUCAACGACAACAAUCACGUUCAUCUAUUGAUACGUCUAAUUUUUCCAUUCAAACACAAUCGAAAACGCCUCAACCAAAAAUACCAAUUAGCAAUAGCCGAGGAGCGCAUAGAUCAUUGUCGUUUAAUAUGAUGCAUCAUGGAACAACAACAUCCAUAUCACGACCUCAUUUUCCAACCAAUACCACAUUAUUUUCAACUCAUCAACAAAUGCAGCAGCAAUCUGCUCGAAGUACAAGUGCAGCUACAGUUAUUGGAUCUAGUCUAAAUAAUUUUCAUCAUGAAAUUGACAGUGCUGAACCAAGUCGUAGUGCAUUUGAACUUAUGUCUACAAGAUUAUUGCAAAGCGAACAAAAUCGUAAAACGGCUGCCAAGAAUAAUAAAACAUUCAAGAAAUAA